GUGAUUGUGGGCGGCAGGUCAUGUGACUUUUCAGAAGCGGAUUCGUCUGUGCGGAAGGAAAAAGUGAAAAGAUGCGGCGGGUUUGGGCACACUGCCUGGUUGUGUUGAUCUACUUCCUGUGUGCGGCGGGUCACCUCCUUUGUGGGGCGGAGCCUGUGGAGGAUGAGGUCAAAUAUCUGCCCGGGUUAAACAAACAGCCCAGCUUCAGACACUUCUCUGGCUACCUGGACCUGCCCACAGGGAAACACCUGCACUACUGGUUCGUGGAGUCUCAGUCCCAGCCCUCUGUGGAUCCUCUGGUGCUGUGGCUGAACGGGGGCCCAGGAUGCAGCUCUCUGGACGGACUUCUGACGGAGCACGGCCCCUUCCUGAUUCAGGACGACGGAGCGACUCUGAAAUACAACGACUUCAGCUGGAACAAGAUUGCCAAUGUGCUGUACCUGGAGUCUCCGGCGUGGGUGGGCUUCUCCUACUCCGACAACAAAGAUUACAGAACCAAUGACACAGAGGUGUCUCUGAAUAACUACUUGGCUCUGAAGCAGUUCCUGAAGCUCUUCCCCAAGUUUCAGCCCAACCCUGUGUUUCUGACCGGAGAGAGCUACGCCGGGAUCUACAUCCCCACCCUCGCACAAAGGGUCAUGGAGGAUCCAACCAUCAACCUGCAGGGCAUAGCAGUGGGGAAUGGUAUGUCCAGUUACGAGCUCAACGAUAAUUCACUCAUCUACUUUGCGUAUUACCACGGACUUUUUGGUUCGAGUCUCUGGGCCGGACUCCAAGCCUUCUGCUGUGACCAGGGCAAAUGUAAUUUCCACAACACCAAGAACCGCAACUGUUCCGAACUGGUCGCAGAGGUCAUGGACAUCGUCUACAACUCUGGAUUAAACAUGUACAACCUGUACGCACCCUGCGCCGGAGGAGUCAAAGAGAAAUUGGAUGAGCAUCUGGUCGUCAGAGAUUUAGGAAACCUCUUCAUCCACCUCCCACAGACCCACCUGCUUCGACAGAAGCUCUUGGGUUUGUUACCACUUGGUCUUCAUUCUGGUCCUGGCCUUGGUCCUGGUCUUGGUUCGGGUCUCCGGCUGGACCCGCCAUGCACUAACUCCACUGCUUUGACUCUGUACCUGAACAACGUCUAUGUCCGACAGGCCCUGCACAUCCGAGAGCAGGCGCUGCCCUGGGUCAUCUGCAGUGCCGAUGUGAACUUCAACUACAAAAGAGAAUACAUGGACGUGAAGGAGCAGUACCUCGCUCUUCUCUCUGCCCUGAAGUACAGAGUGCUGGUGUAUAACGGGGACGUGGACAUGGCCUGUAACUUCAUGGGAGACGAGUGGUUCGUCGAGUCUCUGAACCAGCCAGUGCAGGUGCUGAGGCGUCCCUGGUUUUACACCACAGACAACGGGAAACAGGUCGGAGGAUUCGUCAAAGAGUUUGAGAACCUCUCCUUCCUCACUGUAAAGGGCUCAGGUCACAUGGUCCCCACUGACAAACCGGCCGCCGCCUUCGCCGUCUUCUCCCGGUUCAUCCGCAAAGAGCCCUUCUGACCUCUGACCCCCGCCCGGCCG